AUGGGUUCUUUACGCGGUCAAGUUGAGCGUGAGAUUCCUGGCUUCGGAAAAUUGAAGGGAAAUACCUUCGAUGGUGGAGUUUGUCAGUUCAUGGGUAUCCCAUAUGGUGAACUUACAAAGAGAUGGACCCGAGCAACGUUGCUGACUAGUUGGAAAGACGGAUUUCAUGAUGGAACUGUAUUAGGACCUUGCACUCCUGUUCCACAUUUUGGUGGAAUGGAAAGCGGCGAUUUUUUCACUCCAGUGUACCAGUUUGAUCACUACAAGGGACCAUUCGUCACCGACGAGCGGAAUGCUCUAGUAUUGAACGUUGUAACCGGGCCAAUGUCUGAAGAGAAGAAGAUUCCAGUGUUUGUAUUUAUACAUGGGGGUUCAUGGAUGACUGGAACAAGUAACUUGAGUAUUUUUGAUGGGGUGAAGCUUGUGCAAAAGUCUAUCGCUGAAAACAAACCUAUCAUUGUUGUCACGUUUAACUACCGGUGUGGAAUCAGUGGAUUCUUGGCCAGUGACCUCAUUGAGAAGGAAUUGAAGCAAGAUGGCUUCAACGGAAAUGGAAAUUUCGGCCUCACUGACCAAGCUUUGGCCGUGGACUGGGUGUACCAGAACAUCCAUUUGUUUGGUGGAGAUGCCGAGAACAUCACCUUAUGUGGAGAGAGUGCCGGGUCUUGUUCGGUCAGUAAUCAAAUCUUCAGCAAUAUCAACCCCAAAUUCAAGCGAGCAAUGGCCAUGUCCGGGCUCAGUGGGACCAUUCCAGCAUAUUCAAAAUCUUAUCACGAAAAGCAAUUCCAACGGCUUCUCAAGUACUAUGAUAUCGCCAACGAUGAAAAUGCGUUAGAUAACUUGAGAAAAAUUCCUGAAAAGGAUAUGGCUAUGGCUACCAGUGAAAUUCAAGAAACAAAAGUACCAACCACAGGAAACCCAUGUAUUGAUGGCUGGUACUUAGAUUACAAUCUCAACUUUACUAACUUUGUGGAACCUCCUGAAUGGCUAGAUAGUCUUAUCUUAGGUAAUACUAAAGAUGAAGGCAUCAUGUUCUUCCCGUGCUACACGGGACUCACGUACGAGAAGCUUCUUGAACACUGUGACAAAUUUGUGCCUAGCUCUGUGAGUGAGGCUAUACUUUCAUGGUAUGAUAUGACCGCUGACAGCUCUAUGGAAGAUAUCAACUGGAAUAUGACUAGACUUAUGGGUGAUAUAACAUUCAUAUUUCCUAACUACCAAUUACUUGAAGUAUGUGCCAAGUCCAAGACAACUGCUUAUUGGUAUCACUUCGAUGAGCCAUCAACGAUCGAUGGCCCAUUGAAAGGCAAAUCGAAUCAUGCCAUUGAUUUGUUGUAUCUAUUCGGAAAUAGAAGUGAUAUGAACGACUCUCAGAAGCACUUGGUCAGUGAUUAUAUGACUCGUGUCAUCAACUUUGCCAACGGAGAACAGCCAUGGGAGCCAUACCUCGACAGGAAAGCAGUCAUGGUGUUUGGCCCAGUAGCCAAUGAAAAGUCAAAGGGUCAAAUGAUCGAACUGGAGCACGAUGUGAACAGAAAUUACAAGAUAUUCAAGAAGUUCAGAGAGAUUCCUGGAGAACAUCUUAACGAGUUCUUCACUGCACUUGACUGCUUGACCAACGAGCGAAAAUUCAUAAAUUAG